CGAGGCCAUUUUGUUGUGAGAGAGAGAGACGGAGGAGAGGAGAGAGGAGUAAUCCGGGCUGCUAGUUUCGGGAAUUUAGAGGAUUUUUACACACCGUGUGAGGAACUUCUUCCCCCAGAGCUGCAGCAGAAAUAACCAGCCUGUAUCAGACGCCUGGCUUUCGCCAUCAGAACCCGGAGGAAGUCGAUCCGCGGCUUCCCAGUGCGCCGUGUGCUGGGGUGAACUGAUGUUCAGCUCGGCUUCACGACCAAACAUCGCUUGCUGGCACAUGAAAACCUCAGACACUGUGGGCCUAAAGCGUGCAGUGAGAAGUAGAUCGACUACUUCGAGGACCUGGAGCCCGAUUGGUGAGGAGAAAUUAAGAAAUAGAGACAUCUACGCACUCAGCUUCAACACAAAGAGGUGACAUCCAGUGUGUGCAGUAUGGGAGGUGGUGAGAGAUACAACAUUCCAGUGUCCCACCCCGAUCACUCGGUGUUGAAAAAGAACCACCAGGUUGGCAGGGCCAAACAACGAAGCCGUAACCAAAACGGAGGCGUGCUUGCUGCGUCUUCUGGAGCCCCAGCGGGCCCCCAUCUCCACGGCCAUCGCAGGAGUGACAAGGGUAGCGGCUACUCGUGGUCUCCCGAGGCGCGGCAGGCCGUGUCCAUGGAGAAAAAGAACGGGACUGUUCGCUUCGCCACACCGUACGACCAAAACUGGGAGGGCGCAGUGUCUCAUCUGAACAACCUCUUGGCAGCGCAGUGUGGCCAUAGUUACGCAGGAGCCAAGUUCAGUGACCCCCCAUCUCCAAGCGUUCUUCCUAAACCACCCAGUCACUGGGUGUCUCUGCCCAUGGGUCCUUGCGAUCGCCGUGAGAUGAUGGCCUUUCAGUUAAAGAGCCUUCUAAAGGUGCAAGCGUGAGGAUGACCUUCACUUAUGAUCUCUCGAUGUUUAACGAUCGCUCCACUUUGGACUCCUACCUUCCUGGAACGCUGCAGUGUUUUAAUACCAGUUUUUAAACCCAUUUUAACAAAGAUUUGUUUUAAACUUUGAGCAGGUUUCCCAGAUGUGGUCAAGGAGCCUAAAUCUGGACUAAAGGCUAGUUUUCUGUGGUGAAUUUUCAUUGAUUUGAACAUUUUGUUCACAAUUAGGCUUAAACCAACUCUGAUCUAGAUUCUUUGGUCCAGAUUAAGAUUAACUCUGGCCCAACUGUUUUUUUUAAUAGUACAACAUUAGCUAUUUACAUUUCUGUUUCAUUGAAGACUGGCCUUAAUCCAAGUAGAUGGAACUGGGCUAUGUAUCCUUUUUUAUUAUUACUAUUUUUUUAAUGUCCCAAGAGGUGUUUAGCUGCUGCAGCCUUGCAGGUGGGAGAGCUCUUAGUGGAGCUGUAUGCCUUUGAUGAACGAUGAACUGUUUCCUCCUCGCUGUUUUUUGUUUUGUUCUUUUUUUAUUGGCCGUUAGUUACGUUACACAUCGCCAGUUUGACAAUGCAUCAGUUUUGUUUUUCUACUUUCCAGAAUCUUAUUGCUAGCCCUCUGCAUGACGUUUUAAUCAUGAUGGGGUUGGGCAAAAAGUUCUCUGAGCUAAAGCACAUCAGCAUUUGUAGCACAUUGAUCUUUAGAUUUGAGUAACAUUCGUCUAGUUUCUAAUGAGAGGGGGGAUGAAGCUGCUUGAACCUGCUCUAAAGAGCAAGCUGAGUGUGGAAGAACAAGCAGUCAGUCAGUCCUAGGUUGUGGUUUAACCUUGGACUGGUGUAUUUGUGAUGCCCAGACCUUGUGCUUUCAACUCCUGUACUUUCUUUUUAAAUUGCGCUGUGCGCACUGCACUAUGGGUGUUGAAAUGCAACAAGGUUUGUAAGUUCCAUAGCAUUAUUUCUGUCGCGUAAUCAAUCGUUAGUAUUUGCGUUUACUAAAGCAAUAGCUUUGUCCCCUUUUGCUUAUCACAUGGUUAAGUGCCAUAUGUGCCAGAACAGGUGAAGUGUUAUACAUAUAUCUAAGAAUACAAUCAGUAAUGUUUUGUUUUUUAUUUUCAAGUUUUUAAUAAGCUUUUUGAGCAUCCCUUCAGAACACCUACAACACAACUUCUAUGCGGAGGGGGGUCCAAGCUGCCUGCAGGAUGCAAGGGUGGUGAUGUUUUUUCUCUACCUUUGCUCUUGCUUUAUGGCCUUGUUUGUGUUGUGGUGUGUUCUGAGGUGAUGAUUUGGAGCACUGCGCACGUUUUGAGACGCGGGACACGAGUAUGGAUGUGUUUACAUAUAAGGAGGGGAGCAAACAAACCAAAAGGUCCUACCCGUAGCCUGCCAAAACCAUACACUUCCCUUUCAUGCUUUGUGUUCACUUUGCACUGCUGUUGAGUUACUGUUCUUCCUGUGGCGGGUACAUUUAACAAAACGGCACCCCCUACCACCCUUAAUUGUUUUUUUUUUUUUUUCAUGUGUUAAAUGGCGUGUGAAAUUGUCGGUACCUCUUGCGCAACCGUUAACGGCCGCCUAAAAGACGAUAAAACGAAGCUUGCUAUGUAAGAAGAGCCAUGUAAAUAAUGAAAUGUAUAAAAUAUUGUAGCAUAUUGUACAUUGCGCAGGGUUGUUUUAAACCUGCUGAUAAAGUAUUUUUAGUAAUAACACUGAAUGUGUAAGUCACGCUGAAGACGUGGCUUGAUUUCAAAAGAUGAAAUAUAUUAUUUUUGUUUAAAAAAAAAAAAAAAAGAUACUGUUUGCCUAUAGCAUGUGGAAACCCCCACACUGUGCUGACUGUUGCCAGUGAUCUUGCACAUAAUGAUGCUUUUAUUUUGUAUAAUGCACAGUAUUGAGGGUGAAAACAGGCUUUUGAGUGCAAAUAAAAAAAAAGAUGCUGAACUGAAAUUUCUAAAUUGAAGAAAAACUUUUACACUCACACACUUACUUAUUUUGCUUUUUUUUUUUUAAAUCAGUUGUUUAGGCACUUUUUCAGUAACUAGGAUUGUAUUCAUAUAGUUCUCCUUGUGAUUUUAUUUAACUUUAUACUUCUAUAUUUCUUAAUAAAUAGCAGCUAUUUUGCACCCAAUACAUCAGCCUUUCCUCCGCAUGUUGAUGUUUUGGGUACAUAAUCGCUGCUCCAGAUAACCUUUUUUUUUUUUUUUUUUUGAACUUUUCCUCUUCUCCCCUGCCCCCUCUUCCCCUCCUCUUUGGGUCUGUGUAUGUGUGUAAAAGUUUUUCUAUUUAAUUGGCUCUGAAUUUGUCCCAACCUUUAAAGUGUCACUGUGGAAAAAACACAAAUGCCCCAUUUGAUUGUAAUUGGUAUGUUCUAAAGAUGUUUUUGAAAGCACUGCAUAAUUUGGCAAAAAAAUUAAAAUAAUUUCCCUUCCCUUCCCCCACAA